CCAUACGCGAGACCACUUGCAGCCAAUGUUCAUGGCCAUCGCGCCAUGGUGCCUUCUGCGGCCACCACAGGCCGUCAGCUUAGGGCCCUUCUCGUCUGGGUAAGUACCUAAGCAUACACCAAUACUCUGACACCGAUAGACAGACAGACAGACAGAGAGGGACAUCGGCCGACCUUUAGGAAUCUUUUCUGUCUCCUUUGCGUGCAGGUAAGUAAGCCGCCCCUUCGUGGGUGGUCUGAAAGCCUUGGCGGGGGGGCCCCACGUGACGCGACUGUCGAUAACCAACCAGUCGCCAAACACGUCUCCCUCGAAGCCCCCGUCCAUCCACCGGUGAGCAGCCCGCAGUUUGCCAACACGCCCACCCCCUCACCACGCCAUGGAUGUGUCUGUCUCUUUCAGGUCGCUGCUUGUGGAGGCCCGCAGGCAGAGCGCCCCCAGCUCCAGCCUCAUAGCGAUAUCAGCACCCCCGGCCGACAGGCCCCUGGCGCGGCACUCCCGCCGUCAGGCUUCCCCCCUCCCAUGAUCCCCCGCCCACCGCCGUUUCCCUCGAUCCACCCCUCUGCGCCACUGGCCCCCGCUGCACCCCAUCGGCAGCCUCUGAUGCUGCCUGCCCUUCGUUCGUCCCUCAGAAGGUACGUGAGGGAGCACUGAAGGCAUCAGGCAAUGCCCACCGGUGGGCUUGCGUGUGUGUCGUGUGUGUGUGCCUUGGCAGGUGGGCCAUGUCCGUCGUCCGAGCCAAGCCACGAUGGGCGGGGGAAGGCCGCUUUGGCCGUAUCCCGUCCACGAUGGGCGGGGGAAGGCCGCUUUGGCCGUAUCCCGUCCAUCACGCAUGGCUCAGGACAACAGACAUGCCCUCCCUCUGGAACCCCGAGGCAGCCAAGGCAAGGCGGUGGAGGCCGCCUCCAUGCGCAUGAUGGCUCUGAGACAGGCAGCCGCACCCGUGGCGAAGACAAGACCGCCAUCAAACCCACCAAGGUAAGGUACCCACACGCCCCCGUCUGCCCACUCGCCACUCCCACUCAUCCAUUGAUGUGCCACGUGUAUGUGUAGGGGGAGGACCUGACUGACUGACGAGGAGUGGCAGUUCGCCGACGUCCUCACGAGGCUGCUGAAUGGGACACGCCCUUCGAGCGGGCGAUGCGGCAGCUGGCGGGGAUGAAGGGGGAUGAAGGGAGAGGAGGAUGCGUCCCCCUCACAGACUCACCAACCAUCCGCCUAAAGGCGGCCGUGGGCCUCCCUCUACUCCACCGACAAGUGCCACCUUCAAGACACCCAGCCCGACCGGCGCAGCAUCCAGUCGCUCCGCAGCUGGCAGGCAGAGAGCGUCAGUCACUGUGGCGUGCGGCAAGUGUGCGAGCGAAUAACAUCGAUGUGUACGACCUGGACGGCUCAGUGUCGGUGGUGGAUGGAUGGAUAAAUGGGUGGUGCCAGGGGCGUGGGUGUGCAUGGGUGGGUGCCUUAUGGUCUCUUUGCUCUCUUCCAAACUGGCCUUUCUGUGCGGGCGGAUGGAUGAAUGGAUGGAUGCGUGAGAUGCGUGGAGAGGCGUGAGCGUAACGCCAUGCCUGUGUGCAUCCGUGUCGACUUACUACUACUGACUGACUGACUGCGUCUUUAUUGUAUUUUUGGUCCACGGCUCACUCCACUUACAUGUGCUGUUUGUAUGGAUGUAUAGGCUUACCUUAUUACUGCAGGCACCCACAGGCUCACUCACUUCUCCUCUCCUGCUUUGGCGGUUUUGGGUGCGGCCCGCUUCACAUCACACCGAACCGCCAAGACACACAUGCGCACCACGAGCACAAAGGUCGACCCGGUGCAUCCGUGGUGACUUACUACUGACUUGCUAGUCCACCAUUCAUUCACUGGCUUCCCUUUGUCAUCCAGCGCUUUUGCUUAGCCCACCCACCCACUCAGGCACACACAUGCGGACCAGGAGCACACACUGUCUUCUCUCAUUUGAAGUCGACCCCUCCCUCAUACUGCUUGCUGACGCGACACGAUGCACAGCUUUCUGGCUGCUGCGCAAGAGCACUGUUCUUUCCGCCGCUGUUUUUCGUCGUUGGCCGCGUUUUUCCAGCGUCCGGCGGACACCACAGCUGUCCAUCAGCCGCUGCUCUGUCGGCGGUUCUUGUGCCGCCGCACACCUCAUUUACGUCUGAGUAUGUACCUGCCAGUAUACUGGCCAGCUCAGCUGGGCACUAACACACAAAGGCGUGUUCAUCGGUGCGCCUAGAUGUGUGUGACGUGUGCAUAUAUUGCGCACAUGUACCCUUCCUUCCACAGCACAACACAAAUAUCGGCGCGGAACACCAUGAUGCCAUGCCGUCUGACGAGUCGAGGUACAUGGGAUGAAUUACAUGGCGUGAAGAGUCUGCAAGUGGAUGGAUGGAUGGCAAACUCCGUGCGCCUGCAUGUCCCGCGCUUUUGGUCGUUGCAGGCGCACUGUUCGCCCACACACAGACACAUUUGAGAGCAUUACACACACACAGACAUACAUACACAAUACAGACAGACAGACAGACAGAAUACAGACAGACAGACAGAUGUGUACGUCAGUUUGCUUGUCCAUGUAGGCACGCUGUGCGAU